AUGAGUGCUCUACUGGAGACCUCACUGGGUGAUAUCGUCAUUGAUCUUUUAGUUGACGAGUCACCCAAAGCUUGUGAGAACUUUCUCAAGCUCUGCAAACUCAAGUACUACAAUUUCUCCCCCGUCCACAGCGUCCAGAAGAACUUCUCCUUCCAAACCGGCGACCCGCUUGGUCCUGACGCCCCCGAAAGCGAUGGCGGAUCCUCGAUCUGGGGUUUACUGGACGGCCCCUCUAAGCGCACCUUUCCAAUCGACCUGCCGAAACUCAAGCACACUGAGCGCGGAACGGUGAGUAUGGCAACCGUUCCAGCCACCAACGAUCCCGACCAACGCCUGGCCGCCAGCCAGUUCCUAAUUACCUUGGGUGACAAUCUGGACUACCUGGAUGGAAAGGCGGCUAUUUUUGGUAAAGUCGUCGAAGGGUUUGAUGUGUUGGAGAAAAUAAAUGAUUCGUUCAUCGAUGAUCGAGGUCGACCCUUGAAGGAUAUUCGUAUCCGCCACACUGUCGUUCUGGAUGAUCCCUUUGAUGAUCCAUCUGGGCUGGUCGAGCCGCCUGAGAGCCCCCUGCCAUCUAAAGCGCAGCUGGCGACGGUGCGGAUCGCGGACGAUGAAGAAUUGGAUGACGAUAUGGAUGAGGAUGCCAUGGAGAAGUUGCGCCGGGAACGCGAAGCCCGUGCACAGGCCUUGACCUUGGAGAUGGUGGGAGAUCUGCCGUUCGCAGAUGUCAAGCCCCCGGAGAAUAUUCUCUUUGUGUGCAAAUUGAAUCCCGUGACUCAAGGUAUGUCUACACUGAGAUCUUGGUUGGAGUUCUACGCUCACUAUGUUUUAGAUGAGGACCUACAAUUGAUCUUUAGUCGAUUUGGUGUCAUUCUAUCCUGCGAGGUCAUCCGGGACAAGCGUACUGGGGACAGUCUGCAGUACGCGUUUAUUGAGUUCGACAAUCAGAAAGACUGCGAACAAGCCUACUUUAAGAUGCAGGGUGUACUCAUUGAUGACCAUCGAAUCCAUGUCGAUUUCUCUCAAAGUGUUUCCAAAUUGUCCGACAGCUGGCGCAACUCCACCAUCACCAAGCGCAGGCAGCGAGGCGGAUUCGGUGGUGUCGCUGAUCUUGAAAAGAAGCGUCAGUACCGAGUGCCAGACGACUAUCGGGCUGAUGGGCCUAAUGAUAGUUACAAUAUGGUCUUUGAUAAAAACAAGCGUCAAGUUCAACCAGAUCGGCAAUCUGGGCCGCCUGACUCUCGUGAGCAUCGUCGCAGUCCCCCAAGAGAUUCAUACCGGGAUCGACGAGAUCAAGACCGACCUCGUCGGCGAUCUCCUAGUCGAAGCCCUGGACCAAGAGAUCGUCGAGACCGUGAUCGCUACCGUGACCAUCGUGGACGAGAUGAUCGUGGACGAGAUGAUCGGUAUGAUCGUCGCCGAUGA